UUCCCGCCAAAAAGGACCUACUCUUGCUCUUCUCUUCCCGCCAUUUCAAAACCCAUCCCCGACCCCCGAUCACGACCAGCGGCUGGGAUCUCACGAGAAAACAGCUUCUUCUUGAUUCCGCUGAGAUCUGAAACGAUUUUCGCUUUGUUUAUCGGAAAAUAGGCUCAGCACACAACCAUGACCAGAGAGGAGAUCGGAAAUGGAAGCGAAGACAUGGUAAUUGAUGAGUGUGAACCUGAAGGCCGUGAACGGAACUCCGUUCCUGACGAAUUUAACGCCAACUAUCUCAAAGUCUAUUACGGAAAGCUUUUCCCUCACGCAGAUAUAUUCAAAUGGAUCUCCUAUGGAAAUGAUGGGAAGCAUCCUGCCUGUGACCAGUCCUACUUCAGUCGAAGAGAGUUUUCGUACACGCUGGAUAAUGAUAUUUAUCUGCGCUACCAGUCUUUCAACAGUGCAUCUGAACUUGAAAAUUCCAUCAAAGAGAAGUGUCCGUUUAAAAUCGAUAUCGGGCCUGUGUACAGUGUGGAUCCUGCAAAGAGGCAUGCAUAUGCACAAACUGGUGAUAAUGUUUUCACUCCGGUGGAGAGGGAGCUUGUUUUUGAUAUUGAUAUUACGGAUUACGAUGAUGUUAGAUACUGCUGCUCAGGAGCUGAUGUUUGCUUGGACUGCUGGCCUCUAAUGACAGUUGCUAUCAAAGUGAUUGAUACUUCUCUCAGAGAUGAUUUCGGUUUUAAUCAUAUUCUCUGGGUAUUUAGUGGUCGACGUGGUGUUCAUUGCUGGGUUUGUGAUGGGAAAGCAAGGAGGUUGACAAAUGAACAGAGGGCAUCUAUUGCGGAAUAUUUCCGUGUCUACAAGGGAAAUGAAAAUAGUCUUAAAAAGGUGUCUUUUACGGGUCUUGCUCUGCAUCCCUUCCUUGCGAGAUCAUAUUCUGAAGUUCUCAAGGAUUUCUUUAAGUCAAAAUUGCUUUUAAGUCAAAAACUAUUUUCAACUGAGGAGCGAUAUGAGAAGAUCUUAGAGAUGAUUCCUGAUGAAUCUAUUACUUCUGAACUUCGGGGGAAGUGGCAGGAGAACAAGCGAUCCUCCAUUUCAAAAGAAGACACUAAUGUUGUCAGAUGGCAGCAACUAAAACAUAUAUUGCAAUCGGGAAGACCGAAGGCACAAGGGCUGCGAAGGUGUGUUGAAGAGAUUGUAUUCUCUUUUACCUAUCCUAGGCUUGAUAUGGAGGUUUCAAAACACAUGAACCAUUUGCUAAAAGCACCAUUCUGUGUACACCCAAAAACAGGUCGUGUUUGUGUUCCUAUUGAUCCAAAUUGUUGUGAGGAAUUUGAUCCUACUGCAGUACCAACCCUUUCUAAGCUUUUAGAAGAAAUGAACAUGGGAACUUUGAGAGCAGAUGUUGAUAAUGAAUGGGAUAGAACCUCACUUGGCAAAUCAAUCAGGUUUUUCAGAUCAUCUUUCUUGCAGCCUCUGCUGAAGUCUUGCAAGGAGGAGAUAGAAAAUUCGUACAAUGCCAAACUGCAACACUCAAAGAAUUCCAUGAGUUGGUAAUGCUUCUCUAGUUAAUUCAUCAACAUGCAUCCAGCUUUCAGAGUCACCCUUAACUAUUAAUGUGAAAUUAUAUUUUAAGGAAUUUGUAUUGUUGCUGGCGGACUUCAUUUUGUUUAAUGGCAAAAGUUUGAACGCAAAUGCAACAUUUCAUCUUAGUAUAUUCUGCUGCAACUAUGUUGCUAGAAUGCCCUACUUUUCCAAUGAAAACUGCAUGAACACGGCAUAAAUUUCUUUGUUCUCAUCUGUUAAAAGAGACUAUUGUACCCAUUAAUCUGGAUGUAUUUAUCACAAUAGAAAGCUUUUUUUGAUUUAA